AUAAGAAACGGGACGCGGCCCCGGUGUUAUGUCAAUACAACAAGAAGCUCUGCUGCUGUUAUUGACCAGAUUACGCACAGAUUAUACUGCACAUUUCGGCUUGCAAUCGAUCAUUACCGGAUCUAUCACCUUCUUUUAUCCGCUCUCCCGGCAGUGUGACCCCGCGUAACACCUACAGGCUGCAGCGUCGACUUUUUUCGGAUAGCGUUGAAAGUGGAACUGGGAAGUGACGCCUUUGUGGAGGAAAUCAGAAAAAAAAAAGUUUAUGGGUUGUUUCUGAGUAAAGUCUCCCAACUAGCUGAUGUCAGUUCAUCUUAUCGUUAACGCAGCAUUAGCUUCAUAUGCCAAGCGGGGAAGGAGAUGAAGUGAAAAUGAAGGUUUGUGUGCGUUAAACAUGGACGGACAGAAUUUAAUGGUGUCACCCAUGAAUGAGCAAAGCACGUGGACUCCUUCAACCCUGCUCACCCCAAGCCAGCAACCAGAGAGAAGGUCACAAAGAACAGCAAAAGGGAAGAGAACAUCACAUUUUUUUACCUGGCCGCUGCUCUUACGGUUUUCCAUGUAGUUUUGCUGUAUUACAUCACGACGGGUACCCUGUCCAUGGGUAUACCCAAUCACAUUUAAAAUUUUUGGAUUGAUCACUUAAGUGAAUACACACACUGGGACUUUGAAAGUUGCUGGGUUUGUUGGGCAGAGUAGCGUAUUGUCCACAGAGCAUACUACUCCCAGUCCCACCAAAAAAUAUUCACCUGGGUGUGUUUAUUCAUGCUCGCGAUGAGUGUACCAGCCCAGCAGAAACCCAGCACCAAAAGAACAGGCAAGCGCAUUACAUUUUUCAGCGAUCAAACUAUAGCGAUGAAGGAGACUUCUCAACACCCUGAGGGUUCCUACUAUCUUCUUGGAGGCACUGCCUCAGAUCCUGGACAGAGCGAGGCUGCUAGCACCGUGUCCUCCAACCCAGAGGGCCCUCACAUGUACCUCAACUCAGUCAUCUUCAGCCCAGAUAAGGGUGACCAGAGCAGGGGUCAUUAUCAGCAGACUGUGCCCAUGAAAUGGGCCCACCAGGAGUCCAGUCAGCAGCAGCCAUCGCAGUCCCAGCAGCAGAGAGCUGCUACCUGGACCACCAUGGCCAACUGGGGACAGAACUUUGCUAACUACAUAGGAGUUAAUGUGACUGACUCAAGGCCCCAGACUGCCUUUGUGAAGCCAAUGCAUGAGACCUCUGGUUUACAGCCGCAGCCCCCUAGCAGGGCUGCAGACAAGCAGCCACUGGGGGCCAAUCCUGUGGAGGAAGCCUACAGGGACAUCGCUAAAGCUCGGGGUCUAGAGUGGGAACAGCAACAGCAGUCCCAGGCCUUUCAGCAGACCCUGAAACCAGGGGCACUGAACACCCAGCAGCACAGCACGUCCAACCCAGGGGGUAGCUCAGUCUUGCAGCCUUUCCAGUUGGCCUUUGGCCAGCCCAAGCAGCACCUAACAGGCUACUACCAGACCUUUCAAGGCAGCCGGCCAACUUUACCCAACCUAAACUAUUCAGCACAGACAAAACCCCCACACCAGUUGCAGCAACUGCAACAACAGAAGCAAGAGCAAAUACAGUGCCAGCAACAGCAACAACAGCAUCACAUACUCCAGCAGCAACACCAUCAAAUGCAGCAACAGCAGAUCCUUCAACAUCAACAUGCACAACAACAGCUACAGCAGCAGCAGCAACAAAUACAGCACGAGCAGCAGCAACAAAAGAUACAGCAACAGCAACAACAGCAGCAGCAAAUACAACAGCAGCAACAGCUCCAGAUUCAGCAGCAAAUGCAACAUCAGCAGUUGCAACAACAAAACCCUCAUGUGCUUGACUAUUACCCCAGUGCACAAAAUGCACACCCUCACCCACAUCCGCAGCCUGUGGUAGUACACUCCCAGGAGUCCUCUGCACCAGUUCCCCCAAAGAUCCAGGAACCAGUUAUCCAGGACAUUACUCCAGAACCCCAGCAGCCCACGGACCCUUUGCAGCCCCCUCUCCAGCCUCUGCCCCUGCCCCAGUCGCAGCCCCUCACACAGCUCCAGUCCCAACCCCAGCCUCGCAGAUCUAGGCGGCUGUCCAAAGAGGGCGGCGCGCCAUCGGACAACCCUUUCCUCAUCACUUCGGAUCAGGCGGUGCCGGGGCCACAGGGCUCCCAAAACGGGGCCCGGGACAUUCAAGCGGCCCCGACAGGCGUCAUCCAGAGCACGCGCAGGAAACGCAGGGUCUCACAAGAGGUUAACCUGGAGACACUCGCUCAGACAGCCUUGGAAAUGAAAUCUCUUCCAUCACAUGUUGUUAAGGAGCCCCACAGGCCGUGGAGCCCCACAGAGCCAGAGGGUCUGAACGCCAAGCGGCCCCGGGACGACAGCCUUCUUCCACUUGUCAUACCCGUGUCUGUUCCAGUGAGGAGGCCGGACCCCUCCUCCCCAGACAGGGAAGAGGCGGCACUGGGCUCCGGCUGGCCUCAGAGGCCCGCCAACCCCCAGGACCUUGGCCGCACCGACCACAAGCCCUCAGUCAUUGUCACCAGGCGACGCUCACUCAGGAACUCCUUAUCAGAGAGCUCAGAGCAGAAUGGCGGAACAGAGGGCGAGAAAGACGAUGACAGCAAAAAGUCCAAGCGGCGGCCGCGGCCUGAGCCACUCUUCAUCCCACCGCCUAAACCUGGCUCAUUCAUCGCCCCGCCCGUCUACUCGAGCAUCACGCCCUACCAGAGCCACCUGCGUUCCCCUGUUCGCCUUGCAGACAGCGCCCUCACCAUGCCCCCCUACACCCCUCCUCCGAUCCUCAGCCCUGUCCGCGAGGGCUCAGGCCUGUACUUCUCCACCUUCCUGUCCUCUGCUGCGGCCGCCGCAGCCAGCGGCCAGGGCCUGCCUCCACCUGCCACCCCCAAAUCAGCCACACGCAGCCUGCUGCGCUCUAAUAGCUGCGACAUAACACCACCGGUUCUGUCGGCUAUGAGCGAGGCCACUCCAGUCAGCAUCGAGCCACGGAUAAAUAUUGGGUCGCGGUACCAGGCGGAGGUGCCGGAGCUGAGGCAGCGUUCAGCAGUGGAGCUGGAUCAGCACCGGGCCGAGCUGGUCUGGACUCCACUGAACGAGUUGGAGGCACAGCCCAACUUCAAGGAGAAAGUGGAGGACCUCAUGCACCUGGCCUGCUCCAGUGUGCUGUGUGGAGGAGGCACCAACCAGGAGUUAGCCCUGCAUUGUCUGUACGAGUGCAAGGGAGAUAUCAUGGGUGCACUGUCCCUCCUGAUGCUGAAGAACCCCAUUUUCUCCAAGUCCCAUCAUCUGUCAAACUACCACUACUCAGGGUCGGACAGCUGGACGGCAGCUGAGAGACGCCACUUCAACAAAGGCAUCGCUGCCUACAAGAAAGACUUCUUCAUGGUGCAGAAACUGGUGAGCACCAAGACGGUUGCACAGUGUGUGGAGUUUUACUACACCUAUAAGAAGCACGUCAAAAUCGGCCGCAACGGGACCCUGAUCUACGGGGAGGCGGAGCCACUGGAGAGCAAGACCACUGAGGAGGAGCUGGACCACAAGCAGGGCUCUCAGAGACUGGAGCCACGGAAGGAGGAGGAGGACUGUAGGAAGUGGGAGGUGCCGGCCGACAGGAAACAGGACGUCAGCCCCGCCAGGGUGACACACACACUGCAGUCCACUGAGAACACUGGGACGGUCCUGAUCCUGAAAGGCCAGGAGGACGUAGGCGGGGAUCAGCCUCUGUCCCGGGUCAUCCACCCCCCUCAGCCGCCCCCUCCCACCUCCACCUCGAAACCACGCAACGAUGGCAACACACGCAAGACCGGCCCAUCAACAGGCAACAAAAAUCUCGCUGGCCAGGAGGGAGAGUUCCCCUGCAAGAAAUGUGGCAGGAUUUUCUACAAGGUGAAGAGCCGCAGUGCCCACAUGAAGAGCCACGCCGAGCAGGAGAAGAAGGCCGCCGCGCUGCGCCAGAAGGAGGCCGAGGAGCGAGCGGCGGCGAAGGCUGCAGCCGAGGCCGCCGCCAUUCUGGCCGCGCGCCAGCACAACGGCACGCGGCAGGUCGCCGGGGACAGCACCAACGAUGACUCGUCAGACGGGGAGGACGAGGACGACGAGGACUGGAAGUAAGACGGAGGCUGCACACCAGAGACUGAAUUCAGAGCAGCCGGUGGCCUCGCGCGCCCCCGGCUGUUCUCCUGCCACAUGUCCCGUCUGACGCUGUCCAGCAUGGCUCACAGACAAACCCUGUGGACUCGGGGAAACGAGCCUCCCACAAACUGCUUUUUGUACAUUUUGUGGAACAACAGGACUUCCCAGCUUGGCACAUUCAGGGACAGAUUUACUCCCGUGUACGCGUUUCGGUGUGAAUGUGUGGACCCGCGUGGGUGGGAGUGUGCGCCGCCGUGGGAGUGUGUGUGCACGCUUUCCCAAAACUCGCCAUCCACACCCCCCUUUAACUCUGCCUGAAAAGCUACUCAAGAGUUACCUCUCUUGGUCACAGGGCUCCAUAAUAUCAAAGCCAUGCCGCUACCCUCGGCCCUGUCCCGCUUCCCACGUCGGGCCGCGAUCCCUCAGCACUUUUUUUUCUCAAGUCUCGCCCCGCUUCAGCUGACAGGAUCCCUUUAUCUCCCAGCGAGGCGCCGCACGCCCGUUUAGCACGCCGCGAGAAUCACAAGACAUUUGGCGAUAUGAACACUGCGGUGUCGAAACUGACAGCAGGGGAAGGCUGGCGAGGCGAACGGGGGAGGGAGGGAGGGAGGGGGGUCACGCUGUCAGUGUUUUCUGCUUGUGAGGAGUCUGGUAGUUUAUGACAGACGGACAGAUAAAUAGAUGGACGGCUGGACGGACGGAUGGAUGGAUGGUGCGUGCGUGCGAAUCGGCCUCUGUUGGUUGCUCUUUUCCACUCAAGGCUGUCAAAAGCUUAACUCAGACGCAUGACGUGCACCAAAUGGGUUCCCUUGUCCUGAGCACUGUUCGUUUGGGCUUUAGUUCUGUGAAUCCCCCUCUCCCGCCCCCCCUCAUGUCACUUUUUAUAGCUCCCCAUUUGUUCCUCACUGUUGAUGCCUUGGAUGUUUUGAUGCUUCUUAUCUUGAAAAUGACAAUCAAAUUUUACACUGUUGUUGUUUUUUUUUUCCUUUCUUUCUUUCUUUUUUUUUUUUUUUUUUUUUUUUUACAUAUGCAGGUAACUGUUACCUUUUCCUGCCUGUGUAUCUAUAUAUAGUUGUUGCUGUUUUGUGAAUAUUCUUGUUGUUGAUGUUCUUGAUUAUUAUUAUUAUUAUUAUUAUUAUUAUUAUAACAACAACCUGGUUUUGGCUGCAAUUUAAAUUGGAGCGCUUAUUUUUUUUUUUCAUUUGUCUAUAGCUUUUUAUUUAAAAAAACAAAACAAAACAGUUAAUGCUCCUUGCUGCCUGUUUAUAACUGUGAGAUUUUGAAAGCCAGAGUCGAAGAAAAAAAAAAAACAAAAAAAAAAACAAAAACAACAAGAGGUAGAAAUGUAUGUGCAAUAGAACAAGUUGACCCAUGUUAUGGUCCCAGAUUUCUCUCUCUCUCUCUCUCCCUUUUCUUCCAGCCCCCCCCCCCCCCCCUCCCUCCUCCUCCUCCUCUUCCUCCUCCCGGUGUCGUCCUUCGGCCUGACCGCUCUGGAUGCCUGGCUGUCAACCCCGUAACUGAUAGCAGGCACCGAGCCGCACUGCUGAAACCGUAGGCCUCCGUAGACACACACACACACACACGGCAAAGUGGAGGAGAAAACAAACUAAAAUGAAAAGCAAAAUGAAGAUGGGCGUUUCAGGCGGCCGUUAAACCACACGUGCGCAACUUUUACACUUUUGAUACCAACAGGAAUUCGCGUGUGUGAGUGUGUUAACUUGCACCUCUCGUUGACCUUGGUGGCUCCGUGGCAUCGCAGGGUGCUGACUUUAGAUAGACGCUGUUAUAUGCCAGUUAUCAGCAUCUUAAAAAAAAAAAAAAAGAAAAGAAAAGAAAAGAAAGAUAGAAAGAAAGAAAAUUGAGUAUUUUCCCUAGAAUGUGAAUCUUGGCUGCAUGAAAAAAAUCGAAACAGCAUUUAGACCAUCAGGUGACACGAAAACUUCACCUUAAAAUAUAAAUAAUAAAGUCACCUUGAAACUACACUAGAUCCAAAAAAAAAGAAUAAAUAAUAUGUCUGAAGAAAAUAAAACUUGAAUGUCCGUCUUAGGAAUCUUUAUUAUAACAGCAGGGGACAGAAUUGAUAUUCGAUAAAAAGUGAAACGUCUCUGAUGAGUUCAGUAUUAGACAAAGUGAUGUCAGUCUCGCCCUGCCGUGUGUGUGUGUGUGUGUGUGUGUGUGCGGUCGCCUUUUCUGUUUUUCAUGUACUGAUAGGAGGAACUGAAUUGGUCUAUUGAAACAGCACAUUUUUAUGUAUCUGUAUCUCUGUUCCUUCGGCCCAGAGCCAGAUUCUGUCGCCAUAGCAACAAAUGGUUUAAAUGGUUAUUUUCUUUUUAAAGGACAACUACAGUAGGGAGUUGGGGAGUAGGGGAGGGACUGUUCCAGUUACUCCACAAGUUAAACCUGGGUCUAUGCACAGACUGUGUGUGUGUGUGUAGGUGUGCAUGUGUGAGUGAGUGAGUGUGUGUGUGCGUGUGAGUGUGUGUGUGUGAGACUGGGUAGGCGGUUGAGGAGUGUGAGCGUGCUUUGAGGUCAAAUGUUUAAAUGUCAGCCAAUCGAGGGGGGGGGGAGAAAAAAGUUUUGCAGACUGUUCACAUUUUUGUUAAUUUAUAUUUCCUUGUCACGAGAUUGUUGCAGGGCAUUGUCGUAAAAUGGUUUUCAUUGCUGUAAAACAGAAUUUCGGAUGAAAUUGAGGCCAUGCCACGAGCACACAGCUGUAAACCUUCCUCGUUUCAUCCCGUCAGUUAAGGGAAUUUGGGAAAUUUAAAAAAAAAAAAAGGUUUAUUUAGCUAAAAGAUUAGAAAAAUAUAUAUGAAUGAAAUUCUAUGUUUGCAUACUUUCUAUGCUAUUUUCCUAUGGGGUUCACACUAAAUGAUGAAAACAGAAAGGAAUCUCAAGUGCUUUUUACUACAAUGUAACUUAUUUGUUUCAAUUUGAUUUUUACCACCUGUGUUUUUAGUAAUGAUUUAUGAAGCACUGUAUAUUAAAGUUUUACAAUAUUCAUGA